AUGGAUUAUAUGGAUGAAAAAGUUAAAAAUGAUCUUUCUAGUAGAAUUCUCAUGGCCCUUGUCCUCAUGACGUUUUGCAUCAUCCUACUGAGGGAGUCAGCUGGUUUUAUGGAUCCUAAGGCCAAAUAUUUCUCUCGUCAUGUAUUAGGGGUAACGCAUGUGCUGGUGACCGGAGGAGCUGGCUAUAUCGGUUCUCAUGCUGCACUUCGACUACUCAAAGAUGGAUACCGUGUCACAAUAGUGGAUAAUCUUUCACGAGGAAAUAUGGGUGCUAUUAAAAUUCUGCAAGAUCUUUUUCCAGAGUUGGGACGACUUCAGUUCAUACAUGCUGACCUUGGGAAUGCAAAAGCCGUCAAUAGAAUUUUCAGGGAAAAUGCCUUCACUGCUGUAAUGCAUUUUGCUGCAGUUGCUUAUGUUGGUGAAAGUACUGUUGAACCUCUUCGGUAUUAUCAUAAUAUUACAUCAAAUACUUUGCUCAUCUUAGAGGCAAUGGCGAGACACAAUGUGAACACACUUAUAUAUUCAAGCACUUGCGCAACCUAUGGAGAGCCUGAAAAGAUGCCCAUUACAGAAGAAACUCCUCAAUUUCCAAUUAAUCCAUAUGGAAAAGCUAAGAAGAUGGCAGAAGAUAUCAUCAUCGACUUCUCCAAAACCACCAGCAUGACUGUCAUGAUCUUACGGUACUUCAAUGUGAUUGGAUCAGACCCAGAAGGAAGACUAGGCGAAGCCCCCCGAGCUGAACUGCAUGAGCAUGGCUGGAUUUCUGGUGCUUGUUUUGAUGCUGGGAGAGGGAUUAUUCCAGGACUCAAGAUAAGAGGAACUGACUACAAAACACCUGAUGGAACUUGCAUACGGGACUAUAUAGAUGUUACUGACUUGGUCGAUGCUCAUGUCAAAGCUCUGGCCCAUGCCCAACUUGGGAAACUUGGCAUUUACAAUGUUGGCACAGGACAAGGUAAAUCAGUGAAAGAGUUUGUGGAGGCAUGUAAGAGGGCCAUAGGCAAAGAUAUCAAUGUUGAAUAUCUGAGCCGGCGACCAGGAGAUUAUGCUGAAGUUUACAGUGAUCCUUCGAAAAUAAGGCGUGAGCUUAACUGGACAGCCCAACAUACCAACCUUCAGAUCAGUUUACAGAUUGCAUGGAGAUGGCAAAAUUCACAUGUCAAUGGCUAUGGCCCUCCUACCAUUGUGAGUUAAAAUUCAUGACAUUUAGGGACAAUUCAUCUUUAGGGGUUUCUACCAUU